AUGAAGCGGAAGGAGCAAGGAAGUAAAGGUGAUGAAGCUUCGCAAGGUCAAGCGUUCAUCACAAGGGACAAUCAGCGCAAAGGGCGACCAGUGAAGAAGUCCUGGCCGUGCCACAAUUGCGGAAAGAUUGGUCACUGGAUGGCGGAGUGCCCCUCGCGCAUCCAAGAAAACACGGAGAGACACCGGCCACAGCGUGCUCAAGACAGCGGCGACCGCUAUCGAUCACAACGUGCAAACGUCGCUCAAGAAGAAGACUCGGGCGACUACCUCUUUUCGAUCGGUGAAACGACAUCUGCGAAAUCGAGCGACAUCUGGCUGGUCGACUCCGGGGCGACGCAGCACAUGACGUGCUCCAAGAAGUUCAUGCGGAACUACAAGGGGUUUGACGCUGUGGAUGUCCAUCUCGCGGAUGAUGGAAUCGUCCAAGCAAUCGGCAGUGGGGACAUUGUCAUGUCGAUGAAGACACCCCAAGGGAUGAAGAAAGGUGUGCUCACAAACGUGUGGCACAUCCCAAAGUUAUCCAGAAACCUGUUCUCGGUCGACCGCUUCACCAAGGAUGUCGGCCCAGUGACGUUCACGAAGGAUGGGUGCUAUGGAGAAGCGAAAGGGACCAAGUGGAAAAUUGGUGCCCGUGAAGGUAAAGGACUGUUCAAGCUGCAAAUGACUCCAGUGGCGCCGGAACAAGCAAAUGCAGCCAAGUCGUCGGGAUGUCAAGGGGGCACCAAGUCGUACCUCUGGCACCUUCGGCUUGGCCACAUAGGUCACGAUGGACUCAAUUGCAUCGUGACGAAGAACAUUGGAAUUGGCAUCGACAUAUCUUCGGUGAAGAAGUGGGACGUGUGUGAAGGUUGUGCUCUGGGAAAACAGACUCGAGUGCGCUUCCAAUCAAACACUACAGCUCGCACCUCCAAACUCCUCGAAGUGAUUCACAGCGACGUAUGCGGACCGAUGUCGAUGGCAACUUUCAGUGGAAAACGGUACUUCGUGACAUUCAUUGAUGACAAGUCAAGAUACUGUGUCGUCUAUCUGCUCAAGAGCAAAUCUGAAGUUGCGGCGAAGUUCAUGGAAUACGCUGCGAUGGCCGAAACGCAAACCGGAAAGCGCGUGAAGUACCUUCAAAGCGACAAUGGGGGUGAAUACAAGUCCGACAAGCUGGCACGAUUCUGCGCGGAACGGGGAAUACAACAAAGGUUCACACCCCCAUAUACUCCUCAGCUAAACGGAGUAGCUGAGAGAAUGAAUCGCACGCUGGUCGAGUGUGCGCGUUGCAUGAUGGAACACGCUGGACUGGGAAAGAGCUACUGGGGUGAAGCAGUGAUGACGGCGAUGUUUCUUCGAAACCGCUGUCCAACACGUGCCAUUCACCAAGACAAGUCUCCAUAUCAAGUGUGGACGAUGAAGAAACCGAUUCUGGCCAACCUUAAAGUGUUUGGAUGCCACGCGUAUGUUCAAGUGCCUCAAGACAAACGCGCGAAGUUCGACUCCAAGUCAUCACUCUGUCGUUUCCUGGGAUACGUCGAACACCAGAAGUCAUAUCGAUUUGAGGAAGUGUCAACAGGAGCGAUCAAGAUCAGUCGCGAUGCCACAUUCAUGGAAGACAAGUUUGAUGAAGGUCCGCGCAACUACAACGAUGAGUCAAGUGUCGUUGAGUUUGAUGAUCAUGAUGAGGACGAAGAAAAAGAAGAAGGUAAAACUGACGACGACAUGGACUCGAGCGACGAUGACAACGAAGACACCAGGUCUUCGAAGAGCAACAUCAAGAGACACACGCGCACUCAAUCACUUGAGAAAGCUACCUGA